AUGGCUUCUUCGUCAUCACCUUCACCUGUUUUUACUAGAGCUGUAACUGGCCAAGAUGGUUCAAUAUCUUCACCUAUUCAAAGACGACGUCAACAAUACCAAAAUCCAGCUACAAGAUCUUUUCCUCAUUCGUCAGACAAUGAUGAUGAUGAUGGUGAUGAUGAUGAUGAUGAUGAUGAUGACGAUGACACUAGUGAGAGUGAUGAUGUAAUUGAAAGAUUAAAUGAACGUCCAUCAUCAUCUGCCUUUUAUGAAGUCAAUGUUCAGCAUUCAUUACCAACUACAUCUCCAAAACAAGCGACUCAGGAAGACUAUGAUGAAUUAAAUACUAUCAUUGCAAAUAUCAAAAUAUCAUUACCAACUAUGCACAGAUUAAUUCAACAAAAUCCAUUUAUCUCACCACAAUCUCAAACAUCAAUACCAGAUGAAAAAGGUGUAUUAAGUUUAAUUUCAACACCAUUAUCUCCUCCACUAGUUACAUCAACAAUGCAUUCCGUUCAAUCUCCACCUCCACCUCCAAAAACUUCUAUGUCACCUCGUUCAUCUGAAACAAGUGAAGUUGUUGUGUAUCCAUCGUCGGUUAGUUUAAAAGGUCUUCUGUCCUAUCAAGAUGUAUUGAAUGCUAUUGAACGUGAAUUUCAUUUACAUGAAGGUCAAGAACGUGAAAUAAUUAUGAAAUUAUGGUUAAAAGGACAAACAAUGAUAUCAAUAUUACAACGUUAUAGACAUUUAUUACAAGAUCUUAAUUUAGAUGAUGAAGAUUUUUUAGGUGGAAUGAAGCAUAUACGGGAAAUGAUUAAUUAUGCCGAUCGUGAUGUUCAAUAUCUUCGUGAACAAACAAUAAUGCUUGAAAAUCAAAAUCAUUUUCUUGAAACUGAAUUUCAUAGACAAUUAGAUAAACUUGUUAUGGAAAAAAAUGAACAAAUUAGUCGAUUGAUUCAUAUUAUUGAUCAAACUUGUCCACCACCAACAGAAUAUACAGAUCGUGUUAGUGAUCUUACACAGUCAUCAGGAAAUCAAGAUCUUGUUGCACAAAAAUUUAUGCAACAAAAUGUUGAAUUACAACGUCAAUUAGAAACUCUUCGUGCUAAACUUGAAUAUACAUUUACAUUACUUAAUGAAAAAUUAGAUCAAUAUGGUGGAUCAACAAAAUCAUCAAUAAUUCAAGUAGCCAUUGAACAAAUGCGACAAUCCGAUGCAAAAAUACAAGAACUUCAAUUAAAAUUUGCUUCUCAACAAGAAGAAAAUGAUCUUCUAAAAUAUUUAAUGGAUAAAUCUCAACGUGCAUCAAAUCUUGAUGUAACACAAUUAUUUAGUGUUAUUGAACAACGUUCACUUGAACGUGAAAUAAGUCGUGUUCGUCAUGAACUUGGAUUAACAGAAAAAAAGCUUACAGAACUUGAACAACGAUUUGAAAAUUCUGAUGAAACUGUUAAAUUUAACAUUGAAAGACUUAAAUUAAAAUGUGAUGUUUUACGUCAACAUAUUGUUACAUGUAAUGAACGAUUAGAUGAAGCUAUUAAACAAGCACCUAUUGAAUUUACAGAUGAUAUGCAAACAUCAAAUCAUGAAAGACAAUAUCAAGAUGCAGAUCCAAAUGUUAUUCGACUUGAAAAUGAAAUUUUAACAUUACGUGAACAAUAUGGUGAUUUAGCUGAAUAUUCGAAUAAACUUAAAUAUGAAUUAGAUAGUGCAAGAAAACAAUUAAAUGAACGAUCUUUAUUAGAACGAGAUUCAUAUGAUUCAAGUCUUAUUGGAAAUGAUUCAAGUGAAUUAGAAAAUGAACGUCAACGUUCUGCUCAACUUGAAAAUGAAUUAAUGUCACUUAAAAUAAAAUAUGAAGAUGUAUGUGAACGUGUUACGGCUGCAACACUUCAACUUGAACGUGUACAAGUUGUACUCGAACAAACAUUACGUCGUUGUGAACAACUUGAAAAAGAAAAGGUAUGUAUUUAA